UAGGCUGCGCGGGAGGCGCCUCCUUUAUUUGUCGGUUGUGCGCUACGCGGUAGUGCCGUCAGGACAUCAUGCGUUCUUUAGUGAUAUGCCUGCUGUCGAUAGUAACAGUAUACGCACAGUUUGAUGGGCCCGCACCGCCGCGGCUUCAGAUCCCCGGGGCUGUCCCCGUAGGUGGUCCCCCGCGGGGAGGCUUUCGGCAGGGCAGGCUCCAGGCGGCCCCUGUUCAGGGCCCGACGGUCGCCAGGAUCCGCCGACCCGGCCUGUCGCGCCCAUCCUUCAAAUCGGUCGACCCUCCCCGACCCAACCUGCAGCUGCUAGACGAGCCCGCCAAGCCCGUCACGGAGGAGCCCGAGGACGACAUCGAAAUUAACACCCCCACCGCGUACGCCCCCAACUACUCCACGCAAGAUUCGCAGAACGACUUCUUCGACUUCACCACGACCUCCCAGCCGAAGCCGCCGAGCGCCUACAACUCGUACCCCCAGACGACCCCCAGCCCGCCGAAGCCGGAGCCGAUCAGGCCGACCCAGUACAGGCCUCUGCUGCCUCAGUCCUUCAGCCCGAUAAGAAACGAGGUCUCCGCUAGGCCCCAGCCGGCGAGGAUUCAGCCGCUGUCGAGCAGGCCGCAGCGCCCGUCCUUCCGGCCUGAGCCUAAACCCUUCGUCGACGACGAGGAGGACUACCCGGCCCAGCCCGUCAGGCAGAGGCCGCAGGAGCCGGCCCGCGCGCCCGCCAAGAACACCGCGCCCCAGAGAUACGUGCCGUCGCACAACAGGGAGAAGAAGCCUGUGGCGCAGAUCAUCAGGAAGUACAGGGAAGAAAACGAGGACGGCACGAUCGUGUGGGGAUUCGAGAACGACGACGGCUCCUUCAAGGAGGAGACCAUCGGCGUCGACUGCACCGUGCGAGGCAAGUACGGCUACAUCGACCCCGACGGUGUGAAGAGGGAGUACAACUACGAGACCGGAAUUGUCUGCGAUAAAACGAAAGAGACGCCCGAGCAGAAGGGCUACGUGGAUUACCAGGAAAACAAGGCCGUGCUGCCCAACGGUAUCACCAUAGAUCUUGCCGCUAUGGGCAAAAACAAAUCGAAGAGGCCAUUCAGAGCGGCGAGUCACCAGUAAUUUUUAAGUAAAUAUUUAUUUUAGGAGCCUAAUGUUAAGACAGGUAUGCGUCGUGUGGCGCGUAUCAAAAUGUAUUUGUUAUUGAGCUGAUCUACUUGAUCAUGCAAUAAUAAAUAUGAUUUUAAAACUGG